UUUGCUAUGAUUUUUCAAAAAUUUUACGUUCUAUGAAUUAAUCUGUUUAUGCUUUUCAUCUUUUAAUAUAGUACAACCAAAUAAAAAAAAUUGCUACAAGUAAUGAUUACUGGUCAAAAGUAAAUUUUUAAAAUUAUUCUUCAGUUAUCAUUUAAAAAUACUUUCAUUUCAUUAAAAUGAAAUAGAUAAUAUUUUUCAGAGCUAAGUUAAACUGUGAUGAAAGAUGAAGAUAAUAUUGAUCGUGGGAGUCAUUUUAUGCAUGAUUUUGAAAAUAAAGGCACAGAAAAGCAACGAAUUGGCCCCAGAAACCAGUCAUGACCCCUCUGAAUAUCAGAAAGGAGCAGUUGACAAUAAAACUCAUAGCCAAAGUUUACUUGAAUAUCAAAAAAGAGCAGUUAAUAAUGAAACUGAAUUUCUCAAAGACAUUCAUCAACAUACUGAAUAUCAGAGAGGAACAGUAACAAAUAUCACUGAGUCACAUGAUUUUUUCUCAAUCAUUCGCUUUUUGCCAAAUUUAAUUCCAAACAUAGUUAAGACACGUCAUUGGAUUUCUCCAUAUUCUUUCGGAUAUGGCUUAGAAGAUAAAGUAAGUGAUAAAGUUGAACAUGGCUACUCAGAUCUGGCAAUUUCAACUAACAAGAUCAGUAAUGAAUUGGCCACAGAAACCAGCCCUGAUUCAUCUGAAUACCAGAAUGGAACAGAAUUAUCCACUAAAACAUUUCAUGAGGAAGGAAGAGUACAAAAGAAAGGUCAUCCUCUCUUUUUUAUCUUCCGAUUUUUGCUACAUUCCUUUAUUAACUUAUUGAGUCCACACCGUUGGAUCUCUUCAGGUUCUAUUGACAUGGAAAAUAAUAGAAGCGAUGAAGCAACAACACACCAGGAUGUCUUCAAAACACAAGAUAGAAAAGUUGCAAAUGAAGUAAAUCCUCCACACGUGGAGAAAUCACAAAGAUCCGAUCAGACAGGUGUUCAUUUGCGUAAGUUUCACGUCUGGUAUCUGUCGAACCCACGUUUGCCCUCGAGUCAACCUGCAACGGGAUGGCUGAGUGGAAAUGAAACGACUCAUACGACACUCGCAGGUUCCUACGGAUUUUUAAUCAAAAUAAAGAAAAGGUCUAACAAGCAUUUCCGUCAAUUCAGCCAUGUUAAAUGGAUCUUUUGGAAAUCAAUAUUUUGUUUUAUAUUUAAAGUAACGGUGCAUUGCUUGGUAAUCAUGGGGCUUCUUUUACUUUUUCACAACCUCUUUUCAAUGAAGAAAAACACUGAGCACAAAAGGAGGAAGUCAAAUAAAGUUGGAUAUUAUUUGGUAGUUUGACAAAAAAGGUUUAAUUUCAAGUCUACAACUUUAUAACAGAAAUAAUAAUUGGUGAUGAAUAUAUAAAUAAAAUGUUAUAAGAUUAA